AUGACCGGCAUGCCGGACCUUAACUCAGUUCCGCCUUCACCACUUCCGCUCGCGACAUCUCGUCGCCAGUCUUCCACUCAGAUGGCUACUCCGCCGGCUCCCACUUCUGAGUCCCUUAACAUCCUCCCCUCGAACCAGAAUACUGUCAACCACCCUCAUUCGCCUUCUAUGUCAUCACCUGUCUUGACCGCUUCACAACCUUCUGCAACUCUUCCCGGCGAGCCUGGUGUUGGGCCUGGACCUGGACCGAUAAGACAUCCUCGUCCGUUGACCGCCGCCGAACUUCACCUCCAGCUUGAAAAGGAGCAGGAAGCUGUUGUCAACCGCUUAACCCGCGAGCUAUCACUUCUACGAGCUGCCCAGAACGCUUCAGUCGUAUCCAACACCUCUUCGACUUCUGCUGCCAACUCAUCCCACGAUGUCGCCGCCGAACAGUCUCUCCUCUCCGGCUCAGGCUUCUCCAUCCCUACCGCUCGACACCACCGAACGUCAUCGACCACGUCGCAGGGACUAGCCCACCAGCAGUUGUCAUCGUCCUACGAAGCACGAGUCCAUGCUCCUCGCCCCUCACAGGCUACCCCUCUCUCACGGCAGGAUAGUACCGCCUCUCGACAGAGCCUAACAAAUUCGCCCGGACCGCAGCACAGCAGCCUCGAUCCGUCCAAUUACUUCCAACAACAGCGACUCCCGCCAACUUCUAUCCCACCAAGCUCCGUCGGUGCGACACCUGGGAGUAUGAGCGAGCAACUCAGUCCCGGAUUGAUGCCAACUACUAUGCGUUACGAAGAGACUGCGUUUUACAGGAACGAGCUCGAGAACGCCAAGAAAGAGAACGAUGCCCUGAAGCGAAAGAUCAGAGAUUUGGAAAAGCAGGUCCGGCAACGAAGGGCUAGUGACACAAGUCGAACUAGGAGCGAGAGUGUGAGCACCACAACUAGUGUUAGCGUGACUCCAGCUGGAGGAGCCAGCAUAGCAGGACCUCGAGAGGGAGGACUCAUCCGACCAGGCGGCGAGCGAGAGCGAGGCAUGACGACACAGAGUAUCGCCAGUGUAGCUAGUGUUGGUGUUGGUGUGCCCGAGGAAGAGUUGAAGGUUGGUGAGAGCGCUGCUAGUGCAGGCGUUGCACAAAAUACGCAAUAG